GGCUCACCUACUUCACCCCUCUUUGCUGCGCAUUAUCUCCCUCUCUUUUUCCGGCGGACUCGCCACGCCGUUCGACGACUCAUCCGCACACGCGUCGCCAACUAACUCUCCCGCCUCCCAACGGUCACCUAACCCCCCAAAAUUUUCUCUCUCCCCCUUUUUAGCUUGAAUUACCCGCCCUCUCCCUCCAAACAUGUACUGUCUCGCCUUGAAACCUACUUCACAUUCAUUUUUCUCGUCUUUCCUGAGAAUUUCGCCAGAGCCCGUUGAUUUGAAGCCGGAACGUCGUCGUUUCCAUGGGAAAGCUCCGGCCUUUUUGGCAUCUCGCCUGGAAAGUGGGAAAAGACCCGGUAAAUUCAAGUCAAGAAACCCGGAUUCAAACCCUUUAUUUAUACCCAGUUUUGCCUCGAACGAAACCCCUCUCGAAAUCCUCAAUGUGGGGGAUAAAGUUCGGUUCUUGGCUUCGGAGUUCAAGUCUUUGCUGGAGCCGAUAGAUAAGGUGAAAAGAUUGUUGCACUACGCGACGCUUCUGCCGCCCUUCGAUGGGUCGAUUCGGGUCAGGGAAAACCGGGUCGCGGGUUGCACGGCCCAGGUUUGGUUAGAGGCUAUGAUGGAUAAUGAAGGGUCGAUGAGGUUCAGGGUGGAUAGUGAUUCAGAGAUCACUAAAGGGUUCUCUUCUUGCCUGCUAUGGCUGCUGGAUGGGGCUACUCCAAUGGAGGUUCUGAGUGUGGGAGCAGAUGACUUAGCAGAAAUGAAUGUGGGAUUGCCCAGUACCGGGCGUUCAAGAGUGAAUACUUGGCAUAAUGUGUUGACCAGCAUGCAGAAUAGGACCAGAGAUUGUGUUCAGAAUAGGGAAAAUUUGCAGUCUUUGGAUGAGUUUCAAUCCCUGCUUGUUAGGCCUGAUCUCCAUUUCCCCUCAAAUGGAAGUUACAAGGAAGAUAAGUCGAGGGUUUUGGCUCCUAGAUCCUGAGAAGUCGAGGGCCCUUGUACAUAACUUCUUCUAAGAAAAUCCAGAAUUCCAGUGGGCAUUAGAGGCGGCUGAAUAGUUGCAGCCUCAGGUUCAAACUCUUAAUUCCAACAUUGUGUUGGCCUUUUACUGAUCUGGGUUCGUUUCUUUGCGGAUGGGAUGGUUUAUUUUGAAAGUUGAAGAAUCUUGAUCAAGAUGGUCUAGAAAGGCAUCCCAAAUAACCCCAUGAAUACUGCUGGGUAGGAACAAGCCCAGAUUUAGCCUUUUCCGAUAAUUGUCAUCUGGCUUGAGCAUAUGAUCUUGUGCAGAGACAGAUGUUAUUGUAUCACUAUGUAAAACAUGAAAAUUUUAGCCAACAUUUAAGGCAAAUCCUGUUAUGAACAUUAAUAUAUUGUGACAA